GCACCAUCUUGAACUUCAGUUGUUACAUAGCAGCACUUUAAUUCAUUGUUUAUCUUGUAUAACAGACUUGUGGUAAAAUAGUAAAUUUAGCAAACAAAUUUAGCGCGCACAAAAGGCUGAAGUACGAGGCUUCUUAACAUGGCAUCAAAACAUGUGUCUUACCUGAAGAGGGUCAACAACCAGUGUCUUCGGUUGGAGAUAAAAAUAAUGGGGCGGCUGUUGUAUAGAAACAAGAAUCAACACCGCAGAGAAAAGGAAUUUCAAAAGUUACAGAAGCUUCAUAAAUUGGCCAAGAGAGUUUCUGACUCACCAGCUAUUGACACCAUCAACAAACUUCUAAAACAAAUGAUCAAACAUCUUGUUAACAAGUCAGAUUCUGAUAUCACAGAAGAAAACUUGACUAAAGUUUUAGCUGACUUUACAUCAUACGCCGAGCUGAUCAAACAUGCAAUCAGUUUUUGUCAAGACGCAUACUGUGGAAUUGCUCGGCAACUUUCAAUGGCUUGGUUUGUACCAUUUACAUUGACUAUGGUCGCUGCAAUCAGUCGCAUAUGGAUUUGUCUUCGUUUUAUUCUUCUCAAGGUGAAUGAAAUUGAAAGAGCAGUGAGAAAAAUGGCGCAACAACUAGAUAUUGUCAUCAGACAGGCUUCUGGAGCUCCAACUGUCACUCAUGAAGACUCACAGCAGAUAAUAAUGUCACCCUUGGUCUUACAUGCAACUGUUGAUCAUGAUGUCAUGUUUGCUGAAAUGCAUUUGACAGAAAGGGAUUGGAGUAGGGAGCGACACUCAGAGGAAGACGUGUGCAGUGAUACUGCUAAAGUUGAUAUAGGAGAGCCUAUUGCAAUAGACUGGACAAUUGACAGUGAUAAUGACAAAAGAAGAAAAAGGACUAUGAAGCAGAAAGGUUCAGCAAGCAAUAAACGAAGAGGUGAACAUGCUAUACCAGUUUCCAAACGUAAACGUCAAUCAUCUAAGAAAGACUUCAAGCCUAUACAAUAUUGUCACAAAGACUGUGAGAGUGGAAAGACUGUUGAGACCAUUGAUGGUCAUAACAAGGAAGUUGAAUGUCUACCAGAGACAACUAAGUGUGGCAUGAGCAGCGAUACAAUAGAUGAUAUUUUCAGUGUCCUGGACUCACCGUGA